AUGGCUUUCGGUGUGGCAAUUGGCAACCACGCAUGGCGGCGCGUUCCAGGGGCAGCACUGAAAGUGCCGCGGGCGUCCAUGGCCUCAGUGGCCUCUACGCAACCUCGCGCACGCAUGAGCCGUUUGGAGUCGGACAGGUUCAUUGAUUAUUCUGUCCUUGAUUCUAACAUCAAACGAGUACAGGAAAGACUACGGAGACCACUCACCUUUUCUGAAAAGAUCGUGUACGGCCAUUUGGAUAAUAUCGAGGACGCCGACAUCCGCCGCGGCGAAUCCUACUUGAAACUACGCCCCACAAGGAUCGCAUGUCAGGAUGCCACGGCGCAAAUGGCCCUCAUACAGUUCAUGUCAGCUGGGCUUGACAGCGUUAAGGUCCCAACUACAAUACACUGCGACCAUCUUAUCGUUGCCAAGGAUGGUAAUACUGCCGAUCUGGCCACUGCGACAGCCGAUAACGAGGAGGUAUAUCGGUUUCUGGAGAGCGUCUGCAAGCGAUAUGGCGCUGGCUUCUGGAAACCUGGUGCGGGUAUAAUUCACCAGAUCGUACUCGAAAAUUAUGCGUACCCGGGUGGCCUUAUGAUCGGCACCGAUUCGCACACGCCGAACGCUGGAGGCCUCGGCAUGGCUGCGAUUGGAGUCGGUGGCGCUGAUGCCGUAGAUGUGAUGUCUGGCUUGGCUUGGGAGCUGAAGACGCCAAAGGUCAUCGGUAUUCAUCUUACAGGCCAGCUAUCGAAAUGGGCAUCUCCCAAGGAUGUGAUUCUGAAGUUGGCCGGCGAACUUACUGUGAAGGGUGCAACAGGGUCUAUCAUCGAAUACUUUGGCGACGGUGUCGAAAGCCUCUCUUGCACAGGCAUGGCGACGAUCACGAAUAUGGGUGCUGAGACCGGUGCUACAACCUCGAUGUUCCCGUACACAAAUUCCAUGGGCGCGUACCUAGCUGCCACAGGACGAUCUGACAUAGCCAAGGCCGCUUCUGCGUGGCGGCAUACCCUCGAAGCGGAUCGAGGUGCUGAGUACGACCGUCUCAUCAACAUCGACUUGUCGACCCUCGAGCCAUCGAUUAAUGGUCCUGCGACACCGGAUCACGCUAUACCACUCUCGAAAUUCAAGGAAGAGAUCGCCCAAAGUGGCUGGCAAAGCAAGGUCAGUGCCGGCCUGAUUGGUUCUUGCACCAACUCGUCAUUCGAGGACAUCAGUCGCGUCGCCCAUCUUGCAAGACAAGCUUUGGACGCUGGACUUCAACCUCAAGCACCCCUGUAUCUGUCACCCGGAAGCGAAGCAACGCGCGCAACUCUUGAGAAAGCUGGCGUACUCGAGGUCUUCGAAAAGUCAGGUGCAACUCUGCUUGCAAAUGCAUGUGGGCCGUGCUGCGGCUCUUGGAACAGGCAAGAUAUUGCAAAGGGAACGGACAACUCUAUCGUUACCUCAUAUAACCGAAACUUCACUGGCCGGCUGGACAGCAACCCAGCAACAAAGAUCUUCCUCACAUCGCCAGAGACCGUUAUCGCAAAGACCUUUGCCGGAGAUCUUGAUUUUAAUCCCGCCACUGAUGCGAUCCGUACGCCAACAGGAGCUUUUCGGUUCGAGCCUCCUCCAUCAAUAGAUCUUCCUGCUGCUGGAUAUGAGGAAGCGGAUGCCGGCUACGUUGCUCCACCUGCCGACCGUGCCCAGUUGCACGUCGACAUUUCGCCCACCUCUGACCGAAUACAACGCCUCCAGCCUUUCGGGGCCUGGCCUGGGCACGACUACGAUGACCUGGUGAUCCUCAUCAAGGUAGAGGGCAAAUGCACGACUGACCACAUUACGCCAGCCGGUCCUUGGUUCAGGUAUCGCGGUCAUCUAGAGAACAUCUCUAACAACACGCUGAUUGGUGCUGUUAACGCCGAGAACAAGAAGAUCAACGCAGUACGCAACGUCUUCACUGGCAAGUAUGAUGGUGUGCCAGAGACUGCGCGUGACUACAAAGUUCGGGGUCAGCAGUGGGUUGUUAUUGCUGAGCACAACUACGGCGAAGGCUCCUCUAGAGAGCAUGCAGCUUUGCAACCGCGAUUCCUGAACGGGGUCGCCAUCAUUGCGAAAUCUUUUGCUCGCAUCCACGAGUCAAACCUUAAGAAGCAGGGCAUGCUGCCUUUAACUUUCGUCGACGCUGAUGCCUAUGAUCGGAUCGAAGCGAGCGACAAGAUAAGCCUAAGAGGCUUGACAAAGCUAGGUCCGGGCAGGGCGGUUGAGAUGAUCGUCACCAAGUCUGACGGCAACACUUGGAGCACGACACUUGCUCAUUCUUUCAACGACGAGCAAAUUGGGUACUUCAAGGCUGGAAGCGCAUUGAACUUGAUGGCGCUAGCAGACGCAGGCUCAAAGACAACAAGCACAUUAUAG